AUGCAGCGACUGAUAUUGAUGCUGCUUGUGUUUUCUAUCUGCUUCACCAAAGGAAGUCUCAAAUCAUGUCCAAAAUUACCGGUGCAAAGAAAUUUCACUCUCAGUGAAUUCAUGGGAACAUGGUAUGAAAUUAAAGCACUUUCUACACGUUUCCUGAGAGGAAGCUGCAUCACACACACCUUUGCCAAAAGCUCUAAUCUUUGGAUCAACGUUAACACUACAGAGAAGAAGGACGAUGGUAAAAGAAUACUUUACAUGGGAAGAUUAACAGUAGCUCGUCUGAACGAAUCAGCUAAUCUUCAAGUACGGUGGGCAGAAGGUGUGCACAUGAGCUUUACUUUUCCAGAUUCAGAUGAGUUCGACUUUAUCCCAUUCCAGAUAUUAGCCUCUAACUAUAAAAGUUAUUCACUGGUCUACUCCUGUACUCAGCAUUAUAUGUAUCCCACAAUCUAUGCAUGGAUUUUGUCAAGACAUGCGUAUAUGGAAGAAAGUACCAUCGAGCAACUGGAAGAUAUUCUGAAAGAUCAUAAAAUCAAACUUGAUAAAAUAGAUACAAUAGAUCAACAGAAUUGCCCUUAA